UCCAGUUAAAAUGAUGGCUGAAGGAUCUAGACUAUACUUUGCAGUGACUGUCCUGAUGUGUGCGUUUGCCUCAAUCAAUGGUGUCGGCCUGAAUGAUCUACUGGAAAGAGCGUCUCAACUUUCAGACAAACUUCACUCCCUCAGCACCUCUCUCACCAAUGACCUGGAUUCUCACUUUCCUCCUGUUGGGAGGGCAAUGAUGCCCCGUCCAUCAAUGUGCCACACAUCUUCCCUUCAAAUUCCCAAUGACAAAGACCAAGCCCUGAAAGUGCCGGAGGAUGAGUUGCUUUCUUUGGCUCGGUCUCUGCUGCUGGCGUGGUCCGAUCCCCUCACCCUCCUCUCCUCUGAAGCGUCCAGCCUGGCACAUCCAGAACGCAACACCAUUAACAGUAAAACCAAAGAGCUGCAAGACAACAUCAACAGCCUGGGUGCAGGUCUGGAGCGUGUCCUUCACAAGAUGGGCUCAUCCUCAGACAACCUGUCCUCUCUCCCUUUUUCUUUCAACAACCUUGGCCAGGAUAAGACCUCUCGACUUGUCAAUUUCCAUUUCCUGUUGUCCUGCUUCCGCAGGGAUUCCCACAAAAUUGACAGUUUCCUCAAAGUUCUCCGAUGCCGGGCAGCCAAGAGACCCGAGAUGUGCUAGUGAAAAGGCUAUGCUUCUCUCAUGUUAAGUUAAAAUGGUAGAGCUAAGUGAUUUAAAAAUGCUUCUUUAAAAUAUCACAUGCCCUUUAAUGUUUGUUUCGAAGAUGAAGAUAUUUGAUUCACUUGCUUACUUGAAUAAAUGACAAACAGGCCAGAUUACUCUGUCCCCAGAGAUAAAAGACAACAAAAAGUAAACAAAGGUAUUUCAAUAUAUGUUUUUUUUUUUUUUUUUUUUUUAGAUUUGAGGUCAUAUAAAAGUUAUACAUGCAGUCAUACUGUUUGAUUAAUAAAUGCACAGAGUAUAUCGAAAUGUUUGACCAUGCACAGUUUGAUAAGACAUUUGUAUAUUUAAGUAACUAAAAUGUAUUUAUUAAGAAAUUAUGUUGGAUCUUUAACACAUUUAUUUGAACAUUAUCUUCUGAAAUGCAAUAUUUAGAGCUUUGCACCUAUGUCAAUAAAUUCCUAUCUUGCAAAUUUA